AUGGAUAUGAACCACUUCAUCGGGCAGCGAUUUAACUUGAUAUCGAAGAGUGAUAUACGCUACGUUGGUACUCUCCAUGAAAUAAACCCAGAGGACUCCACUAUUGCCCUGGAAAAUGUCAUUUCACACGGCACGGAAGGCAGACGUGGCAAUCCUGCUGAGGAAAUCGCACCGUCUGCUAGUGUCUACGAAUACAUAGUCUUCCGCGGAAGCGAUGUAAAGGAUAUCAGCGUUGCAGAAGAGCAAAAAGAAAACCAGCAAUCCGAACCUCCUCAGGUGCCUAAUGAUCCUGCUAUCCUUGGUAGUGGAAUGCGGCCUGGACCUCCUCAAGGGCCUCCCCGUGGCCAGGCGAACCAGACUCAGUUUCAACCUCCUGGUCGUCAACCACCUCCUGGCUAUCAGCAACCACCCUUUCCCGGUUACUAUACUCCAUACGGUCAGCGAUUUGGCCCUCCUGGCUUUCCUCCUGGACCAGGCUUUCCAAACGCUCCUUAUGGCGCUCCUCAAGGAUGGUAUCCUGGUCCAGGUCAAGGAUUCCAGCAACCACCUGGCCAUUUCCCACCACCACAGGUGCCUAUAGGCACCCCUCAACAACAGCAGCAGGGACAGCAGGCGCAGCAGCAACGCCCUGGGGCUCCUCAGCCUCCCUCUUCUGCAAAUGUGCCUAAACCUACCUCUGAACUACCAGUUGGCGACAAGAUAUCUAAGCCCACCGCACCCUCUACCUCUGCAUCCGUUCCCCCAUCAGAACAACUAAAAACCUCCGUUUCCGAACAAGCCACUCCAACUACUCUCCCACCGACAUCACAGAAACAAGUCACAGCCCCUACAGCAGCACCUACUACGGCACCACCGUUGCCUUCUACGGCAUCUGGUACUGCGUCCAAAGCGCCACCUCCUGGACCAAACGCCUCUGGGCCGAUGAAUGGAAGAGUUGUGCCUGCUAUCCCUAUACAUAAACCACAUACUACAUCGGCGGCGAUGCAAGAUGCAACCCGGGCUGCUACUGCAGCUGUUGCUGCUGCAAUGGCUAAGCUCCCCCAACCCCCAAGCCAAGUUUCACAGCCAACAGAUAAAGCGGUUGAGGCCGUAACCAAGAAAGUCAGCGAGAUGAAACCGCUUGACGGUGAAAAAGCUCCUCGCGGAACACAACAAAACACCCGUGGCGGUAGGGGUGGUCAUCGUGGCAGCCAUUACCACCCUCAGCCCAAAAAAGUCGAAGUACCCACCACCGACUAUGAUUUUGAAUCUGCAAAUGCCAAAUUCAAUAAGCAAGACCUUGUGAAGGAAGCGAUUGCCUCCGGCGCACCGUUGGGAGAGUCUGAACAUAAGGAAGUCAACGGCACAAGUCCCACCGAAAGCGCUGACAAGGCAAAUGGAACCGGCGCCAAUAUUGCAUAUAACAAAGCCUCUUCGUUUUUCGAUAACAUUUCGAGCGAAAGCCGGGACCGCGAGGAAGGAAUUCGGGGCAAAACCAGUGGUCGGGAAUGGCGCGGAGAGGAAGAGAAGAAGAAUAUUGAGACAUUUGGUCAAGGGAGUAUUGAUGGCGGUUACCGUAGCGGAUACAGAGGACGUGGAAGAGGACGUGGGUCUGGCGCACCGCGAGGUGCCCGAGGAUCGUACACUCGAAGUUAUUCCGGUGGGCGCGGACGAGGUGGUUUCCGUGGCGGACGAGGGGCCCCGCAGGCUGCUGGAGUUUCAACUUCGUCUUGA